CUUUUGUCAAUUCACAAAAUAAUCGUAAUCGUAAUCGAAAAUCGGUUUUUGAGAGAAAAAAAUCGAGAUUUUAUUUUUGGGCAAAAUCGAACAGCCCUAGUAGGAAUGUGACGAAAUGCAGCAACGUAUGAGUUGUUCUCCAUCCUCAUCAGAAGGUAAACACUGUCGCAAUUACUUAAAGAUCACUUCAUCUCCAUCAAAUCCACAGGCGCUCGUUCUGCCUCCUUAGCCUCACAUCUCGUAGCCUUGUGGCUUGUCUGCAGUAAUUGAGUGAAACCAACAGGAGAGCAGGGUGGGUCCCUCCUGACCCACCGGCAAUUCUGAGGCUCAUAAAUCCGGCAAGCGGCGCCCGGUGAAGUGUAAUUCAGUUUGGUUCAUUGAGAAGGCUAGGAAGAAGGAGCGCGUAGCGCCGCCUCCGUGCCCCUGUGCCCCCGUCCCCCUGUCCCUCGCUGCCUGCAGCAUCAGCAGCAGCAGGAAUUCCCCUGUCACCUUAUACACUCGCACAAAGUAACACUGUCUCUGCGUGGGAACGCACACACGCAGGGAGGACUUCAAGUGUACAAACCUGGGACACAAAUCCAUUCUUGUUUGCCUUGCGUUCCGUUGCAGUUGAGGAUGAAUGAAGCAGAACAUUUAAAGAGCGUUAACAGGUGUACGACCAGGAAGGCAACGUGGAAUACAGGGAAUGCUCUUUUCUGUGUCUGCCAGGUCACAGAGAUCAUGUAGGAAGAAAGAAUCACUGUGAUAUUUCCAUUGCUGCCAGGAUUAAGGUCAAAGAAGACAUAGAAAAAGCCAAAGUGCUUAUGCUUGUAUCAAAGCAUUAACACAAAACAGACGGGGAGAAAACAAACAGCUGGUGAACUUAAACCGUCCUCUGUCGUGACAGACGUUUUCAAAUGUGCAUGACAUCUCUGGAAACGUUUGUGGCUUUUAAUAACCUGAUGGUUUUUUCACCUGAGAAAGGGAGAGAGAAGAGGGCAGAACAUCAUCUCAAAUCCCAUAUUAUCUGUCUGUGGUGGAGAAUCCCAUCCUGUGAUUGGUCGGUCGUAGAUUAGAAGUCACUCUACUGUAUGGUUGCGUGCUGUGGCAGAGAGGGAGGAGGGAAUACUUUCUACUCAUUCUUAGCUCACUUUGUCUGUGCACGGGAUGAAGGCACACGGUCGGCUGUGAUAAGCUGCGAGGGCUGUGAUCAGCCAGCUGCUGGGCUGAGACUGUCUGGGGCUCAAACAGGUUUUUAAAGAGCAGCUAACAAGCAGAGCACGGCUCAAAGUCACACAUUUUCAGUCUGGCUCGGUGAACCUGCACACUUAGUUUUUUUUUUUUUUUUUUCUGUCUGGCGGGAGUCAUCUUAGCGCAGGAUAUAAUAAUCCCGAUGACAGUGAAUGUCAAGUCGCUCUGCUUGCUGAGUGUUUAAGUGCAGUAGUGCCAGAUUUCAUAAGAGCACAGCGUGGGCGGAGCUAGCCAUGGAAACCCCUGCGCUGCUGGAAUGCUUUGCUUGCUCAGGGCAAAUCCGUUGGCGACCACACCCUCUUCGCCUCAAGAGGCCUUUCCAGCCAAUCCGUUGUUACCCUGCGACCGCACCACCUCACCUGCAAUUCCCCCGCAUCAACGGCCACUCUAAGUCGGAGCGAACUGCCCGGGACUCAGCCAUGGGUUACGACAGCGCCUCAGUAAUGAGCAGCGAGCUGGAGUCCAGCUCAUUUGUUGACAGUGAGGAAGACGAAGAUGCUAGCAGGCUCAGCAGUUCCACAGAGCAGAGUUCUUCUUCACACCUCAUGCGCAGACACAAGCGACGCCGACGGAGGCACAAAGUGGCCAAGAUGGACCGGUCUUCAUCCUUCAGCAGUAUAACAGACUCCACCAUGAGCCUCAACAUCAUCACCGUCACACUCAACAUGGAGAAGUACAAUUUCCUGGGUAUCAGUAUUGUCGGCCAGAGUAACGACCGGGGCGAUGGCGGCAUUUACAUCGGCUCCAUCAUGAAGGGAGGAGCGGUGGCUGCUGACGGCCGGAUAGAACCCGGAGACAUGCUCCUGCAGGUGAAUGACGUCAACUUUGAGAACAUGAGCAACGAUGAUGCUGUGAGGAUCCUACGAGAAAUUGUUUCCAAAACCGGCCCUAUUAGUCUUACUGUUGCCAAAUGUUGGGACCCGUCUCCACGAAGUUACUUCACGAUCCCUCGUGGUAAGUCGGCUGAGCCGGUGAGACCCAUUGACCCCGCGGCCUGGAUUUCACACACAACCGCCCUGACGGGGCCGUACCCACACUACGAGUUUGAUGACUUGCCUCUGUCAGCAAGUAAAACGGACAUGGCAACCAUCGUCAAGGUGAUGCAGCUUCCUGAUUCUGGCUUGGAGAUACGAGACAGGAUGUGGUUGAAGAUCACCAUUGCUAAUGCUGUCAUAGGUGCUGAUGUGGUAGACUGGCUUUACUCCAGAGUGGAGGGAUUUAAAGAUCGACGGGAUGCACGGAAGUAUGCAAGCAGUCUGCUGAAACAUGGCUACCUGAGACACACCGUCAACAAGAUCACCUUCUCCGAACAGUGCUACUACACCUUCGGGGACCUCUGCCAAAACAUGGCAUCACUCAAUUUAAAUGAAGGAUCCAGUGGCGGCGGCUCUGAGCAGGACACUCUGGCACCGCUACCCCCCAGCACCAACCCCUGGCCUCUGGGCGGGCAGCCAUUCCCCUACCCUCCUUUUCCCGCUGCGCCUUCCAGUUUUCCGCCAGGAUACUCGGAUCCAUGCCACAGUUUCCACAGUGGGAGCGCAGGGAGCCAACACAGUGAGGGAAGCCGAAGCAGUGGAUCCAACCCUAGCGCAGGCAAAGGUAGACGCUCCUCCCCGCAGGAGAAGGGUCAACGGACACCAUGCAGUGAGUCAGAGCCGGGCGUCCGCGGAGGGAGGCAGCGCGGGGACAGGUCUGCCAGCCAAAUGAGCCAUCACAGCCACGCCGUGUCCAGCCACAGUCACACCCGCUCCAGCCUCAGCCACAGCCACUCACAUAGGAGCCACGCCCUCUCACACAACCACCCCGCCCUCGCCUACAGCCACACCCCCUUCGCUCAGCAAGGCCCAGGCUCCUGCGCCCAAAGUGAACGAAGCCACGCCUCCUCCUACGGACCGCCGGGCUUGCCUCCUCCUUACUGUCUGGCCCGUCUGGCCCCCAAGACCUCGGUCAGCAGCAGCACCCCCCCCGGAGCUCCCCCUGGGAGAGAGUUAGCGUCCGUUCCUCCCGAGCUCACCGCCAGUCGGCAGUCGUUUCAGCAUGCUAUGGGCAAUCCCUGUGAGUUCUUUGUAGACAUCAUGUGACAUCACAGUGCCUUUUACACACAGUGAGCACAAAACAGUUGUGAACUCACUUACCUCCUCCUCUCUCCCUCGCAGUCUUCUUACCAUCUCUUAGUUCAGCAUGUAGAUACUAGUUCACCCUCUCCACAGCACCCUGCUUUUUGUCCAUCUUUCUGAAGUCCACACAAAGGAAUCCGGGCUGCAAGAGCACAAAGGAGGGAGUUUCCUCACACACAAGCACAGGUCCUCUGGCUGAAAACCCUCUUCUCUACUGACGUGACUUGUAAAGUUUGUGAAACGUGAAUGGUAUUCAGUGUGGUGGUGUCUUCAAAGCUGACAUACAGAAGUUCUCGGGGUGUGUACCUUGGAUGUUUUCUGUUCUGCAAGACCUUUAAUCAAGAGUGGGACUGGAUCUCAAUCCCCCAGACCCGGAACAGCUUCUGUGGCCUGCACUUUUUGGGGCCUGGGUCUCCUGACUCCUGUCCGUGUGCACUCAUGAAAUCUACACCAAACCUCUGGCCUAGUUUCGUGUACACUGUGGCAUUGCCAGACGCUUGUUCGAGCUCUUAUUUGCCAACUACUACAGUGCUAACCUUGAUCAGUUCACGAUUUGUGGAUUUCUUCAGCUUCACAAGGGAGGCCCUGCAGCCAGCCAGCCGUUAGAUGAACAAGGCUGCGUAGUGCAUGACUGUCUCAACUGCUUUAAAUAAAUUUAAUGAAUUCAUUUUGUUUAUUGUAUUAGCAUUAUUGGAGGGAGGAGCUUACCUCUCGCCAAUGUUCUAAAGGAUGAAUCCGUGCACUGGAUGAUUGUUGUGAUGUUAUUUAUGUGGUCAUGUUGCAUUGAUGGUGUCAUACUUUGUCUACUACGGCUGACUGACAGACAAUCAGGCACCACCCUUUUGAGUCAGUGGCCAGUCUCCACUGUCGUAGCUGUGCUUUGUCGAAUGUAUCAUUAUUCAUGUCAAUGGCUGAACCUUGACAUCCACAAAACUCUGGUUUGAACACAUAAGGUUUGCAAACACAGCUGUCAAACUCAAUGCAUCAACAAGAAGAACCAGUUUGCUGCGGGCAUCAUAGUUGUCUCCUUUGUAAACCAGCGUGAACUUCAUCAAAGGUCAGUGCGAUGAAAGCCAAAGCCUCACAUUGUGGGGCAUAUACUCCUCCAUAAUGUCAGAGCUGCGUGGGAUGCGAAUUUUCUUAUGGUUAUCAUUGGACUCUUCAUAAUUUAUAUUUUAGUUUAAAGCGACUUCAAGGGGAAUCCUGGCCUACAGAUGAUGAUCUCCUUGCAAAACAAUGGCAAACCCCUGUUGUAUCUACUCAGAUGUAGCUGCAAGGGGGAAAUAACACAACACACACUAGUUUUUUGAGCACUUUUACAUUUUGUCUCUCCCUCCCUUUAGUAUGAAACACUGUUUGCAAUCAAAGCUUUCUCUUUUAAUUUUGUUUUCGUUAAAAAAAAGAAAAAGAAAUUGUAAAUACAAAUUUAUUAUAUAU